UUCCAAGUUGUAGGAACCACGACAGACGUUUGUCCCGCAGUGAGGGUGUGCACGGUGGCCCUGCCCAGGAGGUUAAAUUCACGGCCUCCCCAUGUACCGUGGUGUGUCCGUGCUCACGGACCCCGAGGGUGACGGUGUUAGGAAGUGUGGGUGCGUGAUGAGCAGCAGCCGUCAGGCCCUCAGCACCUGGUGAAACAGGCCCGCGUAGCGAAGCACCAGAUACCAGUGAAGCACCUGCUGUCCACCACUUUCUUCAUUUAACUUCCCCUUGGGAUCAGCUGAUCAUCAGCAUGCCUUCAACUGAGAGCACGUCAAAACUUUUCCUGGUCCUGGUGUCACUGCUGCUGGUGCUGCCAGCAGUUGAAGCCCUGGAUGCAGGAGAUACCAUUGCCUUCCUCCUAGGCCUCGCUGUCAGUGUCGUCGGAUUCUGUGCCUGCCUCGGCUUGUAUGCAAGGAGAAGGAAUGGGCUGCAGUGACCUCAAGAAAAUGCUCAGAUGAAGUGAAUUUCCAAACACAGCUUGGGGUUGGGUGUAAGACUGAGCUUUGGUUCUGGAUAACUUUCAAAAAAUAUGUACUAGAUAUUUCUCCAAACCCCUCUUACUGUUCAGUACAACAGAGUCAAGACUGUACUCAGUAAAAGCGAUUUGUAUGAUCUAUCCUGAUUACAAAAAGAUAGUUUUAUAUUGUCUGUGAUUAAAUAUUGCCUUAGAGAAGGGUAAAAACUUUUUGAAUGGGGAAGUAAAACUAUAGAGUGGCUUACAGUAAAAGUUUAUAAAUUUAGCAUGUGAGGGACGCCAUCAACAAGUUCUAUAAUUUUGGUUUCGAUGUUUAAUCAGGAGGAAGCAGCUAUUAAUCUUCCAGUCAAGAUGACAAGAGUUUUGAAAUUAGUCCUAACUGGAUAGCUAGUGAGCAUACUGCUCAAACUUGUGUGCUCAUGCUCAUAUUCUCUGUAAUGACAGUUAACACCUAACAGAUCACUUCUGCUGUCACAUGGAUGAGACUUAAGAGAACUAAGGAAACAUGAAAGGCUUUUUUUUUCCUUUUAGAGUAUUUUUAGAAUAUUUUUAUUUUAGAAUAUGCUGCUCUUUUAGCCUGUAUUCUUAUUACCAAGUAGAUACACCUCAGAAUGAGCACACCAUUUUUAUUUAACAUGUAUUUCACAGAAAAGUGCAUGUAAGGCUAUACAAAUCAGAUUAGGGAUAUAGGCUUUGUCUCUUGUUUGUUUUUGUACUCAGCUUUUUUCUAGGCCCACCGGGUUUAUGACUUAGUUUAUUUGGUGUUUGUACUUUUUUUUCUGCAAAAUGGAAGACUUAACUAUUUUGAUGAGGACUUCUGUGUAUUUCUGCAUUAGAAGGUUGUUAGAAUUAUAAUAAGACCAUUGUGCACAUAUGUUUUUUUACAAUGUCGAAAGAACUUGUUGAAAUCCUGGGUUUAAUCAAUUACUCCAUUGUUCUUGAGUGUAUUCCUGGUGACAAACCUAUGUUGCUAGCUAAACAUUUAGGCUUCUCUAACUGAUGCAUAUGACUUCCACAGAAGAUUAGGACCAAAACCAAAGUAAAAUAUCCUGGUGCAAAA